AUGGGUGCUGCAUUACCCAACGGAUCCAUAAUUCCAGUUACCAAUUUACUCGGGAUGAAGCAUUAUGCAGUGCAAUUUUCACACAGUCAGCAGUGUCAGAGCGGACUAAUAUUGAAUUACUAUACGAAAGAAACUGGCGAAGUAGUCAAUGUAUUAACUCCAGAUGGUCAGGAUUGUUUUUUUGCUGGGAAACUGGCCUUUGUUGAGUCAGUUAUUCAACAAACAGUGAAGGUGGCCCGAUAUUUAACUUGGUUUUUAAGCGGUCGAGUUCGCUACUGUCUUCGCGCAACUAUGGGUCUGACAGAGACGGAUAACAAAGAGGGUCAGAGUGUGAAGAUAGUUGAACGAGCAUUCGAUGAAAACAAGAAUGUUCUGCAUUCUGCUCAAUUAGGUGAGUAUAAUUCAGCUGUUUCAAUUUCUAGUUUGACUUUUGUGACAUCUAGAAUUGUUUUUCGUUUGCCACAGGUCCAUUCACGGAGAUUAGGACGGAAAAACAAUGUUGGCCAGUGCCGAUUGGAGCGACGAGCUUUACAGUUGAGCUUAUCUUUCGUAAUGAGUUGGCUGUCAAUAUCAUCGACAACAGAAGUGAACUAUUCCACAGUCAAACUUUCGGCCUAA